AUGGCUACCAAAAAAAAGCAAAGAAAAACGGAAGAUGAAAACCGCGAAUUUAAAGUUGACCGGACCGAGAAUUUUACGUUUAUUCAAAACUUGAAUGGACUUCCGGCAUGCCUUAUUUGUAAGGAGAAAUUCGCGCAUAACAAGAAGUCAAAUAUAGAGAGACACUUUACAAGAAAGCACGCGUCAUUUAGCACUAAACAUCCUACCGGUGAUGCAAGGAAGAAAGCAGUUGAGGAACUUCAGAAUAGUCAAGAGUCGUCAACUUCUGUGUUUAAUAACUGGAUGCAAUCUUCCAGCAAUAUUAAUAUGGCAAGUUUUGUUGUUAGCCAAGAGAUUGCGAAGAGAGGGAAACCGUACAUAGACGGCGAAUACAUAAAAAAUUGUUUUAUAAAUGCAUCCGAAGAGCUAUUUCGGGAUUUUAAGAACAAAGCAGAUAUUCUGAAAAGAAUUGAAGAGUUACCAUUGUCUGCCAAAACCAUUAAAGAUAGAACAAUUAAAAUGUGUUCGAAUAUAACCACCCAGCAUAUCUGA